AUGGCCUCGCGGAUCUUCCUCCCGCUGCUGCUGCUGUUCCUCCUGCUGGGCUCGCAUUGCUCUACCGGGGCGGCGGCGGCGGCGAGGCGGCAGCUGCUGCAGUCGCGGCGAGCCGGGGACCCGAACUCGCAGGUCAAGUUCGACUUCUCUCCGUUCCUCAUCGAGUACAAGAACGGGCGCGUGAAGCGGCUGAUGGGCACCGACGUGGUGGCGGCGUCCUCGGACGCGCUCACGGGCGUCACCUCCCGCGACGUCACCAUCGACCCGUCCACGGGCGUCACGGCGCGGCUCUACCUCCCGAGCUUCCGCGCCAACACCCGGGUGCCCGUGCUCGUCUACUUCCACGGCGGCGCGUUCGUGGUGGAGUCCGCGUUCACGCCCAUCUACCACGCCUACCUCAACACGCUGGCCGCCAGGGCGGGCGUCGUGGCCGUGUCGGUGAACUACCGCCUCGCGCCGGAGCACCCGAUCCCGGCGGCGUACGACGACUCGUGGGCGGCGCUCAAGUGGGUGCUCGCGAACGCGGCGGCCGGCGGGUCGGACCCGUGGCUGUCCCAGUACGGCGACCUGUCCCGCCUGUUCCUCGCCGGCGACAGCGCGGGCGGCAACAUCGCGCACAACCUGGCAUUGCGUGCGGGGGAGGAAGGCCUGGACGGCGGCGCGCGGAUCAAUGGCGUGGCGCUGCUGGACCCUUACUUCCAGGGCCGGAGCCCCGUGGGCGCCGACUCCACGGACCCGGCGUACGUGCAGUCCGCGGCGCGCACCUGGAACUUCAUCUGCGCGGGGAGGUACCCGAUCAACCACCCCUACGCGGACCCGCUCGUCCUGCCGGCGUCCUCGUGGCAGCACCUCGGCGCCUCCCGCGUGCUGGUCACCGUGUCCGGGAAGGACCGCCUGAGCCCCUGGCAGCGCGCCUACUACGCCGCGCUCCGGGGCAGCGCCUGGCCCGGGGAGGCCGAGCUGUACGAGACCCCCGGCGAGGGCCACGUCUACUUCCUCACCAAGCUCGGCUCGCCACAGGCGCUCGCCGAGAUGGCCAAGCUCGUCGCCUUCAUUAACCGCGACUAG